AUGAGAUUGAAGGAUAUCAUGACGCGGGCGAUCGAUGCGUCUCGUUCAUACGGCGUUAGAUAUGUACAGAAUGCAAUCCGCGGGGUGGUUCAUGCCGGUCGCCACGAUUGCGUGGCUCCUUCACUAGAGGAUGUCCAAGCAAUCGUUUACCUCUGGGCGUGCAUGGAAGAGGGUGGUGGAAGUCGUGAAGUCGCGCUUCCUUCACGGCGACUAUUGUACUUCACUUGGUCUCCUGCGGCCGCGCUAGCUAUUGUCGGGAUGUUCUUGUUUGAGGUUGCUGCUGGUUUGCCGCGGCCGUUUGAUGCAGUUGAUCCUGGCCAAUCAAUGGUUUUUCACAUGGCGUGCAAGCAAGUCUUGACGAAAGAGGCUGAAAAAUGUGAGCUCGAGCGUGGCGGCAGUGAGCAGAUGGCGGGGUACACACACACGGCGGAUGACUUCCAACGACUUCAUGAUCAGCACUCGAAGGGCAGCUUUGAGCUGAGAAUGCGCAGGCUCUACCAGAAUCUUGGAUGCUUCGGCUCUUACACGAGUGCCGUCUCACCAUCUUGCGGCGAGGGAACGGGGCUGGCACUCUCCGGCUUACAAUCACGUCAGGUGUGCUCACGAAAAGAAGAUAGUGAUGAUGGAGUGAAGUCGCGCAAGGGGCCGUGCGCUGCCACGCAAAUGAAUCUUCUUAACCUUCGACCUCAUGAUCUUUUCGCGAACUUCACGAAGCCUUCUUUCCUAUAUGCAACCAGAAAAGAAGACGCCGUCAACCCACGAGGGCCUCGCCCAAACCGUGUCCUUCACCUCCGCAGAGACCUGAGUAUUCAAACAAGCAGCGCGCCCAGCAAAUCCACCACAUCCUCGUCUCCAUUGCUUGCAACAUCCAACCCAGAAGCCUCUCUCAAAUACCAGCAUACAUCCCCUCCACCACAACAAAAACCUCCUUCGCCAUCUCCUGCGUCUCCCUAUCCUUACAAACAGCGAAUCUGUCCGGAUGCCACCUCAGUCUCUCCCUCUUCAAAUUCAACCCCGGGAUCGCUUCCAACGCAGCUCGGACACUGCACUUGCAAGCCGGAACCAAAAUGUUGGGAUUCCGCCAAGCCAGCCAAGCAUUAUGAGUGCAUGCUUCUUUCUUCGAGCAACAUCCGAGCGUCUGAAGUCUCGGACAGCAUUCAAUCGGUUGACGCACUCCGCCAUGGGCACUCCAGCAGGGUCCAUAGAACGAGUGGGCACUCCACGAAACUGCAUGGAAUCUCCAGACCGAUGAGAUGGGAUGACGGCAAUGAUGCCUGCGACUUCCAGCCUCGUUAUGGUAAUGAGAUAGCGUCAAAGUUCGAUCUCAAUCUCUGCAGUUGCGGGUCGACUCUGACAAAUGAAGAUGCCCUGAGGACGGUCACCCUCUGGACCAUAGACUUGGCCUUUGGUAAUCCUGACCUCGCAGCUUCCACAGAUGGCCGAUCGGCAGCCAAAUUUUGGUUUCAAGCCCGUCUUCUCUGCGAGUUGGAGAAUCGUAAGAUUUUCUUGCCGAGUCCAUUUGGCUUUGACGUUGGAUUUUGUGAAGUCUUCGAUGUCGGCCAUGGUGUUGAAGGAACUGACUGCGUGUAUCAGAGCAAAUUUGAUCCCGACCCAGGACUCGAGUGA